AUGCGGCGCGACCGCUCGUGCACGCUGAACGUGUCCUCCCUCUCUCGAAACGUCAAAGAAGCUCAUUUAAGAGAAGUUUUUGGACUUUAUGGAGUUAUUAGAUCUUGUGAUUUGGCCAUUGACAAAAAAGCCGGAAUUCCCAAGGGCUACGCCUACGUGGAGUUCGACACCCAGCGAGAGGCCGAAAACGCACUCAGACACCUCCACGGGGCAAGCCGCAAACCCUAA